CCCUCUCCCCUCCCUCGCGACGUUGCUUCCGCAUAGUCGACCGCCUCACGGACGACACUUCUUCCCGCCACCGACACAAUGCCGUCGGCGUUUCGACACAGGAGGUCUCUCCACCUCCCUUUCUUUCCCGCCCCUCCUUCCACCCCAUCUCCUUACUCUUCCCCUUUCCCUAAAUUCCCCUCUUCUUCUUCUUCCUCCUCCUCCUCCUCCUCCUCGGCUUCGCAGUCACAGCCGAACUUCUUCCCCUCCUACAUCGCCCCUCCGCCGCCCGUGCUGCCGACCUUUCCUGCCAACCUCUCCUCCCUUAUCCUUCCCACCUCCCGCUCCGCGCCACCUCGCCAGGCCACCGCCAUCCGCCUACUCCCCGCGGUUCUUCUCCCCCUCCUGGCCCUUGCCGCCCUCCUCUCCGCGGCCGCAUUCUUCCUCCACCGGCGCCUCCGUCCAAAACCUGCACUCGACGCGCGAUCCGAUUCGCUCCGCCUCUUCCCCCCUGGCUCCGCCGUCUCCGACCGCAAGCCGCACGCUUCCUCCGAGUUCGUCUACCUCGUCGAUUCCCGCUCCCAGCAAAACCCCUCUUUCGCUCCCGCCGUCGAUGACGCGAACCUGCAGGUUCUGUCCUCGCCUCCGCCACCGCAGCUUGAGUCGUCGCCGGAGCUCCGUCCGCUCCCACCUCUCUCUCGUCGGAUUCUGGAGUGCCCCAGGAAUACUGAGGGAGGCAGUUCGCCUGGGGAAGAAAUCCACUGGUCGAAGGGGCCUUCGAUCCCCUGGAAUGUGUCUCCUCCGGUUGCGAUUGAGAAAUGCGGGUCUCAGAGGUCGACGUUGAGCACAUUGUCGUACCCGUCCUCGAAUUCGGCGGCCUUGCCUUCUCCGUCGUCGCCGACGAUUCCGUCGCCGCCCGCCUGGUUGAGUCCGUCGAAUUCGGGUGGCAGAUCGCCCAAGUCCAUAACCGGAAGAACCUUAGUCCAGGGAGGCGUUGGAUUCCGAGAUACCCUAUUACCGCCUCCGCCUCCUCCCCCACCGGUUACACCUUCACCUCCUAAGCGAAAACACCCGCCGCUUUAUUCGCCAAUUUUUCUUGCGAAGGAGAUCGCUGGUAAACUAGGAACGGUUGCUCCCUCUUAUCGGAAUUCAAUGGGACCAAUGCGAGCGCCAUCUCCUCCACCUCCACCUCCACCCUAUGCUUUUUGGCAUGGUACGGUCAGGAAAUCGGUGGACUUGCCACCGCCAAACGGCGUGUUGCACAAGCUGGGAGCCGUGACCAAUCCCUUAGAAUUGGAAGAGUCGUCGAAGAAUGAGGAAAAGGACGAGGAGACCCCUCGACCAAAAUUGAAGCCUUUAUUAUGGGACAAGGUCCGGGCGAGCUCGGAUCGAGCAAUGGUGUGGGAUCAGCUGAAAUCGAGCUCAUUUCAAGUGAAUGAGGAGAUGAUGGAGACUCUAUUUGUUCGUAACGCCACAAGCACUGCACCAAUGAACAAGGCGCAAGUCCUUCCCCCUCCGACUCAAGAGAACAGAGUCCUUGAUCUGAAGAAGUCUCAAAACAUUGCUAUUCUUCUUAGGGCGUUGAGUGUGACCAAGGAGGAAGUCUGUGAAGCACUGUUUGAAGGUAAUGCAGAUAGCUUGGGAAUUGAAUUUCUUGAAACCAUACUGAAGAUGGCUCCUAGCAAAGAAGAAGAGUACAAAUUGAAAGAAUACAAAGAUGAAUCAGCUAUUAAGCUUGGUCCAGCAGAAAAGUUCCUUAAAGCAAUGCUUGAAAUUCCAUUUGCAUUUAAGAGGGUGGAUGCAAUGCUUUAUAUUGCCAAUUUUGAUUCGGAGGUCAAAUAUCUGAGGAAAUCUUUUGAAACUCUUGAGGCAGCCUGUGAAGAGCUGAAGUCUAGCAGGUUGUUUCUCAAGCUUCUAGAGGCUGUCCUGAAAACUGGGAACCGCAUGAAUAUUGGAACAAACCGUGGAGAUGCACAUGCCUUUAAGCUAGACACACUUCUCAAGCUAGUUGACAUCAAAGGCACAGAUGGAAAGACCACACUCCUACACUUUGUUGUUCAGGAAAUCAUAAGAUCAGAAGGGUCUCGUCUUUAUGGCACCAAAACUUCCACAGACAAAAGCAAAACAAUUACUCUUCAUUCUGACCUUGAAUGCAACAAACUAGGCCUCCAAGUCGUUGCUGGCCUCGGAGAUGAGUUAAGCAAUGUGAAGAAAGCUGCUGCCAUGGACUCUGAUGUGCUCAGUAGCUAUGUCUCAAAACUUGCCGGAGGAGUUGGAAAGGUCACCGAGGUUCUUAGAUUGAACGAAGCAUUACAUCAAUGUGAGCAACAUCCUACGUUCAAUGAUGCCAUGAAUGAAUUCCUGAAGAAGGCAGAGAAUGAGAUCAUAAAACUGCAAGGUCAAGAGAGUGUUGUACUGUCUCUGGUCAGGGAAUUGACAGAGUAUUUCCAUGGUGACUCGGCCAAAGAAGAAGCUCAUCCUUUUAGGGUUUUCAUGGUAGUUAGAGAUUUCCUGGCCAUUCUAGAUCAGGUCUGCAAAGGUGUUGGUAAUGAUCACAACUUUGUCAAUUCAGUCAGGCAACAUUCUGUGCCAAUCAACUCAAAUCUCCCUCUAGUAUUCCCAAAAUUACAUGCAUUAAGAGCUGAAAGCUCUGAUGAAGAGAGUUAAUUGGCAUAUUGUCGCAAGUGAGAUGCCUCGGCCUUGUGCCACUGCCAGUUAGAAGCCUGUUGAUGCAUCAGGACAUAGUCUAGAAGCAGGUUAGCCAGUUAUAUAUAUUUUUGUUAGUACCAUGUAGUGACUAUGUAACAUAUUUUUGUGGAUAAUUAAGGUGUUCUAUAUAAUAUAGAGAAAUCUAGAUCAUAUAAAAUUACAAA